UCGCCGACGCGAACGGACGUUUAUAAAAAAGACCGGUAAAAUCGAAGAAAGAUCAAGCGCGUGCGUGCGUGCUGAGCAGAAAAACGUUAACCGUUUCAGUUUACUACCAAGAUCGAAUUUCGCCAGUGGGCAAAUUACUAAAAAUAAGUGCAACCUGUCAACUUGUUGUGUUUUACUGGGCUUUUAUCGGAGACAAGAACUGAUAAAACGAGAAAAAUAUCUCGCAAAACUCGUUCUCGCAAGUUUCUUGUGCAAAUUGCCAAUCGCGGAAGGGAAAAACACCCAGCAGCCCGAAGAAAAUCUGCCCGUCUAGACAAAGAAUAUAGCAUCUCUCAAAAGGGCAUAGUCAGCAGCCCGAGAGGUUUAUCUAUACUAUAUAUACAUACAUAUGUAGAUAGAUGUCGCAGCUUAUCUGAAGCUGCCUGUAAAAGUGUUUCUAGUGUCGGUUCAUAUAUUGUAUUUAUAUAGUGUAUAUAACGACAAAGCUCGAGUGGGAACAGCUGUCGAGUGCCCUUGAGUGGGGGUGGGCAAGAUCGUCAUUAUCAUCAGCAUCUGGAGGCCCCAGCCGAUCUAAGAUCCACAGUGCCGCGCUCAUCAAUUAUGACAGCCGAGACCCUCAAGCCGUUUAUUCCACCAACAAGUGCCAACGAUGGUUUUCCGGCCAAAGUGACCAGUGCGGCGUCCGCCCAGCGCCGCACCCGCCAGCUGAUCCCCUACGUCUUGGGGGUCAUCGGACUGGGACUAGUCGUCGCCAUUAUGGCUCUAACGAUCUGGCAGACAACGCGGAUCACGCAUCUGGACAAGGAGCUGAAGAGUCUGAAGCGAGUCGUCGAUCAUCUCCAGCAGCGAUUGGGCAUCAACUAUCUGGAGGAGUUCGAUGAGUUCCAAAAGGAGUAUGAGAAUGCCCUCAUCGACUAUCCGAAAAGGGGCGAUGGCUAUACGGAUGACUAUGACGGGGAUAAGGACGAUGUCGAUGACGAUGACGAUGGUCUAGAUCUUACUACAGAUGAAGAGGAAGAUGACGAAAACUAUAACUCCCAGGAUGAGGAUACCAUAGAUGAUGCCGAUGACUAUCAUGAUAUGAUAACCAAACUGUACAAUUUAAGCACUGAGCAGACCACGCCCUCAUCUGAGACCACCGCCGAGGGCGAUGGCGAAACGGAUAGUUCCUCCUUCCCCGCGAGUGAUGACAAUGUGUUUGAUGACUUUACCAGCUAUAAUGCUCACAAAAAGAAGCUUGAUAGAAAAUCUCGAUCAAUUGCCGAUGCUCGCAAUGAGCAGCAGAAUAUAAAUGGAAAUCAUACUGAGCUGGAGGAAAAGCAAUCCAAGGAGGCAGUUUCAAAGGAGAGCUCCACUUCACUUCACCACCGACGCAAGACGCAUUCCCGCCGACGUCAGCUCUUAACCCGCAAAGGUGAAUCUCUUAUUUCAGCCAGAUCCGAGAACUCGAGGCCAGCCGCCCACUUUCACCUGAGUAGCAGGAAGCGUCACAUGGGGAAUAUGGGCUAUCAUGGAGACAUGUACAUUGGAAAUGAUAACGCAAAGAACUCAUAUGAAGGACACUUUCAAGCGCACGAUGGCGUGUUGACAGUCAUCAAUCCGGGCCUAUAUUACGUAUACGCCCAGAUAUGUUAUAAUAAUUCGCACGACCAGAACGGGUUCAUCGUCUUCCACGGAGAUUCACCCUUCCUGCAGUGCCUGAACACUGUGCCCACCAAUAUGCCCCACAAGGUGCACACGUGUCACACCAGUGGUCUAAUCUACCUGGAGCGAAACGGGAGAAUCCACCUGAAGGACAUUCACAACGAUCGCAAUGUCGUUCUGCGGGAGGCGAACAAUCGAAGCUACUUUGGCAUCUUCAAGGUGUAAAUACGAGAGAUUAUUCCUGGACAGAAAUGCCAGUUUCAGCUUUAGUAGUCCCUGCGACUGCUCGUGAAUGCGAUUCAUCGACAGCGUGGAUCCAUUAGUUUGUAGCCCUAGUCUUAGUCACUCAUAACCUAAUCUCAAUCCGAAUCACGCAAUCGCACAAAAAUCAUAUUUAUUUUGUAUAUACUCCUUCAACUUUAACUGUACAACGAAAAAGUGAAUAAAAAUGUAGUUUAACUUAA